UCUAGUCAAGUCAGCUAGGGCGCGCAGAGCUCUGAACCGCUCUGGAAGUUGGCCACUUGAUUAGACAAGCCUGAGACAUUUUACCUGAAUACUAAACAAGAUAGUACGUCUGGAAAGCCAUUUAGUAUUACCUUCAUACUUCACGUCGCGGGAAAUGCCUCAAUAGUAGUCUAGGCCUUGUUACAACGAAGGCUAGCUUAUUCGAGUCUGACUGUUAGAGCUGAAGGAUCAUUGCUGCAUUGCUGCUGAUUGGCCGAAUAGUAUCCACCGCCGGUUCUCACGAUCAGCAAUGGGAUUCGGCCGGCAGCCGGUGGCUGCUGACGUGUACCCGGCAUCGCCGCUCGGCAGAAGUAUAACGCGAGGCUUUGCCGUGGAGCUCUAUUUCGACACGGCCCUCGAGAACCAGAUACUCAGGAUCUGGAACGUGCUGGCGAGGCGAAGGCUCGGCAAUCACCUUAUAGAGAUAUCUGCCAGGCCGCAUGUCAGUCUCUCCCUGCACACCCCAACCGAUCUGGAACCCUCUAAGCUCCGCACCGCCAUCGAGAAUUUCGCCCAGCAGCAGCACCCCAUCCCAGUCGCCCUUGCUGCAGUCGGAAGCUUCCCAGCAGCUUCCGUGCCUCGACCCCUCUCCUCUCCCACCGCAGUCAACAGCACCAACCAUGCUUCGAUAGGGAAUAGCUCAGUAACGAGUACAGAUGGGGGGAGCAGCAGCAGCAGCAGCCCAGGUGCACGUGGUUGCAGUGGUUCUGCUGGUGGUGGUGGUAGCGGCGGUGUUUCAAGCCCCGAUUCUCGCCUUAGGGGAAGUAGUGCUGCUCUUUCUAGCAGCAACACUAACACCAGCAGCAGUCAACCUGGCGAUUCAGUUCGUGGCAGCAGUUUGAGCAAUGCUGGGGUUGCUGAGAGGUCAACAGCAGCGAGUGCAUUGUUUCUAACGCCCGUGCCUUCUGUGGCGCUGCUCACACUGCACGAACAGCUCCAGGAGCUCCUGAAGAGACUAGCCAUCCCCUGUGACCCCAACUACCUGCCCGGAUCCUGGCUGCCCGUCUGCCCAGUUGCUCAAGAGCUGCCCGAGGAAAAACUUUUCUGCAGUUUCCACACCGUUCGAUCCCAGAAGCUGCCCCUUUCAGGGUACCUGUGUGAGAUAGGCCUUGUGGAGUUUGUCCCGUCGGCUGCUGGUGCUGACUCACGCCAGCUCAGCGCCAGCAAGGCAGAUGGUGGCAUGGGUGCGGUGGUGGUUAGUAGUGGUGAUGGGGAGAAGGGAUGGGGGAGAGAGAGGGGAGGAGGGGUGGUGCAGGGGCAUGUGAUAGAGCACUAUUCCUUCACACUAGGAGGAGACUUCAUGUGACGUGAGAGGGGAGGGGGGGGCUCUGCAGCACGCCUUUCUUUCUACUUGACCGCUGCUGCACACCAGGAGGGGUGGUGCACGGGCACGUGAUAAAGCACUACUCUACACUAGGAGGAGACUUCUUGUGACGUGAACUGGUACCGUACGAGUGAUACUUCACUCCCCCCCGGAACUGUUACGCGUCACUGUAAGUCGGUUCAUCAAGAAUUCAGCAGUUAUCAGGCCCACAGUUCCAACCAUUCAAAGAAUAAGUAUGUGCUGUAGACAGCAGGGUGUGCUAAUUAUAGUCUGGUUUUAAUAAACCUAGUCAUGCCAA